CACAAAUUUCUACUCCCGCUGAGAACGUCACUUCAUUCCCGGGAGGAAGUUCCCAACCGUCAAGCCAGGUUCCUACCCCCAUCAUCACCAUUCCACCACCUAUCCCAUUCACUUCCCCCGUGAACCCUGUUCCCGUUUUUCCUUCAAAUUUCCCCGGACCCCUUGAUCCAAUGUACAUCCAGGCUCUUCAGAAUUUUGGACAUUUCAUGUCCAUGUUCCAGCAACCGGGAGGGUUUUCACCUUUCAAUCCAGGAUUGUAUCCACAAUCCUCGCCUCAAACUAACGUCAUUCGCCCGAUCGUUCCGACAAACCUGAUCGGGGAGAUGGAUAAAGCAGGUCCAUCCCGGUCUAGAAGGAGCCGGUCCCGUAGGUCACAAACAAAGGUGACCUCGGACGGGGAUGUGCGUUCAGUGCACUGCAAAGACGAGGAUUGGGACGUCCCCCAGGCGCUCAAAAAGUUGAAGGGAAAGGCAGUUCAGCCAGAAGGAUCUAGGAGGUCGGCCUUUCAGAGACUUGGCCAUGAUGGCCGAAAUCAGAACCGGUCAGCAAAAGAGCGGCUUGGGGUAGAAACCAUCCCAGCUAGUGCCUUUAAUCGUGCAGGGAGAGGAGCCGGACGACCUGGUCAGACCAGGCGAACGGAACCACCCCCACGCGAUGAGCCCCAGCACAGCCGGGCGCCGCGAGAGGAAGAAGCCGAAAGCCACCCCAGGCACACGACCCGUUCUCAUGUUGAACAACCUCGGGAUUGUGUGGGCCGGGUCGAGGCACGUCUGGAGAAACUACAAUGCUGGGUAGACCGAGAAGAAAAGAAGAAGAUUCUGCUGAACGAAUCUCCGUUCACAGACCGGGUUCAUGAAACCCCAUUUCUAAAGAAGGCGAAACUUGAAGUCCCGAAGUUCACCGGGAAGGAGGACCCGGAAAUUCACGUCAAAACCCGCCAUCAAAGUGGGCGGAUGACGGGUCUUUCCGGGGAUGAGAAAUGUUUGCUUUUCUUUCAGACCCUCCGCGGCCGCGCCGCCGAGUGGUUUCAUAACUUACCGGCCGGUGAAAUCGAUUCUUUCGAUGAACUGGCUGAGGUGUUUCAAGAAAAGUUCAAAGAAAACUGUACCAAGAGGAAAAAGUUUACCUACUUGAGUACAGCCGGGCAGCGAGAGCACAAGGAUCUGACGAAAUUCCUCACCCGGUGGAAGGAUGAGGUUGACAAGGUGGAGGAGAUGGACGACAAGACAUCAAUGUCCCUCCUUGUAUCCGGGCUGCGGUCCGGAGAACUAUACAAAGAAUUCUGCAGGAGGCCUCCCCAGUCCUAUCAGGAGGCCUAUAACACGGCCUGGGAUUAUGCUGAUGCUGAAGCCCAGGUGUCAUCCAAGAGGGAGGCCGAGCAGGGCCACUCAAAGGGAAAAAUUUCCUUGAAAAAGGAAAUUACAUUUCCCGGUAAGAUAAAAGCAGAAGUCAUGGAGGUAAAGCCAGUCAAAACAGAGAAGAAACCGACCGGCGAGAAACAAUGGACGGAGAAGUAUUGCUCCUUUCACAAAACUGAUUCCCAUAACACUGCAGAGUGUAACAGUGUGAAGGGAGUAAUAAAGCAGAUGAUUGAGGCCGGUGAGAUUGAUCCUGAAUAUCUGGCCCAGGCUAAGCAAAAGAAGAACCAAUGGGUCAGACCAGAAGGACAACCGGCCGAGCAGAAUAAAAAGAAGAAAACAGCCGGUAAAGAGCAUUUACAGGUCAUCUACGGUGGACCGGAAGGGGGAGAUUCUGCUUCCCAAAGGAAGAAGUGGGGGCAAGAACUCUACGUAGGGACGGUAGCCCUCAAUCCCCGGUCAAAACAAGCAAGACGGGAACCGAUCACUUUUACUGACCGGGACCUCCCCGCCACCGGAGAAGAUCACAAUGACCCCCUGGUGAUAACUAUGGACAUGGGUGGAGUUGAUGUCUCCCGGGUACUUGUUGACACGGGCAGCAGUGUUAACAUUUUGUACCUGGAUGCAUUUGAGAAGCUCAAGUUGUGUCGAACACGGCUUGAGCCCUUAAAGACUCCCCUGUCUGGAUUUACCGGGGACUCGGUCGAAGCUGAGGGGUCGAUCCUUUUAACUUGUGAGCUGGGCACGGGCGAGCAGGUCGUCCAGAAGCAAAUGAGGUUUGUAGUUGUGAACAUCAAAUGUGUUCACAAUGCUAUUUUGGGCCGACCUGGGAUAAACAAGGUCCGUGGGGUCAUCUCCAUGGCCCAUCUCUGUAUGAAGUUCUAUACCCCGGGCGGUAUAGGACAAGUCAGAGGAGAUCAAAAGAAGGCCCGACAUUGCUAUCUGGAGGCAGUAAAGAAAAUGACAAAGGCCUUUGAGAGGGUCACUCUGGUCUCUCAGGAGGAAGACCGGUCAAAAUUAGAACCAGGCGAUGAAACCGAGCAGAUUGUUCUCCGGGAAGCCUUCUCAGAAAGAAUGGUACGGAUCAGAAGAGAUCUGCCCGGAGGACUUCGAGAUGAAAUCAUCUCAGUUCUUCGGGAAUAUGCAGAUAUUUUCGCUUGGAGUGUGGCGGACAUGCCGGGCAUUGACCAUUCUGUCAUAUGCCAUCGUUUGGCUGUGAUGGAAGGGAGCCGGCCUGUGAAACAAAAGAAGAGGCACUUGGCGAACGUCCGUAGGGACUUUUUGAAGAAAGAAUUGGCGAAAAUUGAGAUCCUGGACGUGCCGAGUACAGACCGGUUUGAAGUCACGGCCAUCCAACCGGCCAAGACUUCAGCGACCGUGAUAAUCGGAGCAGAUGAUGACUGGAGAUAUGAACUCAUGGAGUAUCUGGAGACCGGUCAGAAGCCAGAUGACGAGGAACGAGCCAGGAAAGUGGUCCUACGGGCUCCACGUUUCCAGGUAAUCGAUGGUCAUCUAUACAAACGUGCCAUUGGCAGACCACUCUUGCGUUGCUUAACCAACCCGGAGGCUGAAUGGGUAAUAGCUGAGGUGCACGAGGGAGUGUGUGCAGCCCAUCAAAUGUCCCGCAUUUUGGCUCAAAGGAUAAUCCUACUAGGCUACUACUGGCCGACCAUUGUUGGGGAUUUUGAAAGGGUGACUUCGAGAAGAGCAACUGGAGAGACUCCUUUCAUGCUAACUUACGGAUGCGAAACCCGGUUACCAGUAGAGGCAGAAAUUCCAACGUUUAGAGAAACCGUCUAUCAGCCCGGUCUGAAUGAGAUCGACCAUCUGGCUGAGCUGAAUCUGGUGGAAGAACGAAGGACCAUAGCAGCUGUCAAGAUGGCCGGUUAUCAGCAGUCAGUAAAGCGGUAUCAUGACAACCGGGUAGGACCGCGAUACUUCCAGGUGCAUGAUGAAGUCUUGCGCAGGAGGGAUGCUAGUAAGCCUAAUGAGAGGGGCAAGUUGGUGCGAAAUUGGGAAGGACCCUAUCGCAUAAAGGCGAUCAUCCGGCUGGGCACUUACCAACUGGAGACUAUGGAAGGUGGCCGGGUUGACCGACAUUGGAACUCUCAUCACUUGCGUAAAUUUUAUAGAUAAAGUGUAACGGGUUCCCGGCCAUUAAUAAAAGUUCGUUCUUUUC